GUCUCUCAGGUCGGUCGCUGGUGAAAAGUGGGCUCAGUUUUCAAUCUUUACUCGCACCGUGCCCGUGUGUCAUCCGGAGCGACGUCGUCGUAAUGGUGACAACCAGGGGGAACAAAAUGGAGCAACACUUUCUGGCUGCGUUGGCACUGUGCAAGACGGCGAUGGCGGCGUCGGCGGUUGCAACCGAACAGCAGACAUCGGUAUCGGCAGCAUCCACGACGGUGGCUUCCGGAUCCGCAAUGCUGCUGCUGGUGGCCCCAGUCACGGCCUAAAACACUCUUCAGUGCUUCCGCUCCCACCCCCUCCCCCACCUCUUUGUGCCAGGCGCAGAAGACAGCGAGGAAGGGACGGCAGUGUGCGGGUUUGCGGUGAAUUUAGUGAAGGAAGCGAUCGAAACCUAAGCGUUUGUACAAUGGAACGCACAAAGAUAAGAUAAUUAGCAAAUAAAUGCGCCCAAAGGCAAGUGAGCAUUAUCAGUGCAAGUGUACAGUGCAGGUGUGGGAUGAGCAUUGCAGCAACAAGAAAAGCCAUGUAAACGAAAGCAGCAGUAGCGGUGGGCAGUGCAGUGGAUUAACAGAGUGCAAAAACACGGUGCACGGUAGAAAAGAUUAACGUUCAUUACAGGUGCACCAGCAAGAACACCGAAACGAGUGACACGGUGAACAUAGUGUAAGCAACAUAGUUUAAGCACAACCAGUGAAUUCGAUCGCUUGAAUCGAGACGGAUGAUAGUGAGGGUUGGCAAACAGUAAAGUGCUUGCCGCGAAGGAGUAACCGUACAACCAGUGCCAGGGAAAGCGGUUGUUUUUUUUAUUGCUGCUAAAGUGCCAAGCCGAUGCUGGUGUAGCUUCGUAGCUUUACAGGCGUUUUCUCGAUCCCCCACCUCCAGCCGCCAGACACCAGACUCGGCGACUCCCGACGACAGCGGAAGUACACUCCACAGGCACCGGUCAGUUUGGCUUGUUUUUGGAAACCGUUCCAUUUUUUGCGAGUCAGUUGCGAGUUCAGUGUCGGUGGUGGUGGUGGAGGUUGAUUUCCUGCUCGCAACGGAGUACACAUCGAGAUCCAGCAACACCAGAGGUGCUAGAACGGCCAUCACACUUUCCGUUGGGCUUUAACAAGUGCACAUCAAGAGUUCUGCAGAUCGUAACAGAUGAUGGUACCAUCAGAAAUCGAUAAUUGCUGCGCUCCCGAUUUAGAGCAUGAUAUGACAGCAGCAAAGCCAUAGGAAAAUCCAGCGUAGAACGACGCAUUAAAUAUUUAAAACAGAAAAUUCCUGUAAAAUAUAGAGGAAAACCCAUAUUCCCAAGCAUUCUAAUUUGAUUGUUUCGGACGCAGUGGAACAACUGGAACCAACAAAUACGCACGUAACAACAGUAACAACAAGCACAACAAUACCAACGCAGCCACCGACAGUAACCAAAGCAACAACGUCAACGGUCAACUACUACUCCACCAAACUCUAGCCAAACUCAGCGAGCGGCGGCCUCCCCAACAACGGACCCUGUUGGAGUGCAUCGCCUCCCAUCAUCAUCAUCAUCAUCAACAACAACAACAACAACAACCAGCUGUCUGUUGGCCAGGGAAAGAAAUUAUCUCGGGCUGCAGUCAUCCGUCAUCCGUCUGGCGCACCACACUGCACCGGUCGGUGUCCUGUCGUCAUUGUUGCCCCGUCGCCACCCAACCCCCUCCGCAUCCCGCAUUAGGCGCGCGCUUGUCGAUACGUUCGUCAUCGCCGUCGUCAUCACACCACCACCAGCAUCAUCAUCAUUGCCAUAUCGCAACGAUUGUGCUAUUGGAAACAAAAUGGCGGGUGGCGAGCAUACAUUCGGUAGAAAGACAUUUCACAAACCAACCUAUUGCCAUCACUGUUCGGAUCUGCUGUGGGGGCUCAUCGGACAAGGAUACAUCUGUGAAGUGUGUAACUUUAUAGUACAUGAAAAGUGCGUAACCAACAUCGUAACACCGUGCACGGGCGUUGCACCCUAUCUGAUCCGUAACCCGGUGGCGCACUGUUGGUCCGAACCAUCACAUCAUAAGCGCAAGUUUUGUUCGGUUUGUCGCAAGCGUUUAGAUGAAACUCCCGCCGUUCAUUGCUUGAUAUGUGAACACUUUGCACAUGUCGAGUGUCAGGAUUUUGCCAUCCCCGACUGUAAGGAGAAUGCAACCUACGUUCCGGGCAAGGAAUUGGGCCACGUCAAACAUCAGCACCACUGGCGCGAAGGCAACCUGCCACAAUCGUCCAAGUGUGCGUACUGCAAGAAGACGUGCUGGUCUUACGAAUGCCUUACAGGUUAUCGUUGCGAAUGGUGCGGCACAACUACCCACGGCGGUUGCAGAAACAACAUCUCGGCCGAAUGUACGUUUGGCACAUUGCAGCCCAUCUAUCUGCCACCACACGCAGUGUCCAUACCGCGGACGGAAGUGCCGAUGGAGGCGAUCAUCGGUGUGCAGAAUCGCAACAAAGGAACGCCUGGAUUACAGCGCGACUAUUCCUGUCCGGAACUGUGGACCAUCGGCAUGUAUCAGGAGGAGCAGCAUCAGCAACAGAAACAUCAGCAACAGCAGCAACAGCAGCAGGAGCAAAUUGAAUAUUGCAGCGAAAGCACAGAACUUUUGCUCCACAGUGUGCGGCAGGAGGAGCGUCAGCAUCACGGUCGCACCGCUCCGCUAUCACCCGUGAGCUUCACCUUCUACGAUGACGAUGACAGUGUUUCCAGUGCGAUUGGAUCGAUUCCAGCCCUGGAAAGGAGCGAUCAGCGGCAGAAGCAAAUGCCAGACGACCAGCAGCAGCAAUGCCAUCAGCAGCAGCAGCACCAGCACCAGCAAUACCACAGUGAUAAUAGCUUGCUGCUGCAAACGGACGAUGACUGGCCGAUGCGGCCGACACGCAGCCGCAACCUUAUCCAUCCUGCCCUGCGGCGUACCAAAGCUGCCACCGCCGGACCACCGACCGAUACGCUGGUGAUGCGCAGCCGUUCCUUUCAGGAUCAAACUAACAGCAUUCCAAAGCGCUUCGUUAAAUCAGCCGCCUGCUACAGUCCCCGGUUCUUGGCGCGGUUUCGCAAAAAGCACCAGGCACCCCGGAGAUCUCCCUCCCCGCUGGACGCACGCCGGGCUGGAUUUAAUGGUGGCGAACUGGCGAAGCUGCUGCUCGUUCACGCUGGUACCACCACCAACAGCAGCAGCAGCACCAGCGAACCAACGACGAUGGCCCCAAUACGGACCGCGCUUGCACCGGUGCUGGUGCACACUCCUUCCGGUUCGUUGACGCCAUCGUCCGCUUGUGCUUCGGGCCCGCCGCUACUACUUACCGUGUGCGGGAUGAAUGGGGAGGUGGACGAUGCAGCAGGAACGGUGGAACGUUCGCACUCCUUCGACUGCACCACUGCUGCAGCGGCAGCCACACCUACGGUUGGGCGACAUUUCGGUCACCAUCUUACGGUGGCGUCAGCGAACGAGCUGCUGCUUACCUGCGUCGAGCCGAGGCGCGUAGUGUCGUACGAUGACGUCAGUGGGUUUAGCUUCAUCGACGACGACAACGAGGGCGGUGCCGAACCGAACGGUAGCACGACUGCUAGUGCAGUCGGUGCAGCAUUAGUGGGCUGCACUAAUGAACCCACCACCACCUCGGUGAGCCCGACCGGAAACGCCGAUAGCGAUACGCAGCGUCAGCGCCAGCGUGCAGCGACGGUCGGUAGGGCAGAGCAGCAGGGCGCACUGUCGCACUCACCAACGCAGCACCUGCUCGGUCGUAUCUAUCGACAGAUGCGAAAGUGCUCCAUGGGCUGGAGCAAAACUGGAUGUCGUGUACGCAGAGCUCGCAGCAUCUCCGAGGAGAUAACUACAGAGAACCGCUAUCGGGACGAUGAGUACGUACCAAGAGGCGAGAGCAGCGGCUCCGGUACUCACUCGAAGCCAGAUUCUGCGCAUAAGCCCGAUAAAGAUAAGGAUAAGAAAGAUAAGGACAAGGAGGAGCGCGAUGAAGAAACAAUCAAGGUAUUCGACGGAAACUGUUCAUAUCGAAGAAGAAUUUUCAGAGCCAUUAAUGUACCUAGAACAUGCUCGUUGGAACAACUGUUGACCACCGCCUUGAGGGCCUUCCACAUAGCCAGGGAUCCAAAUCUAUUUUUUCUCACUGAUGUCUAUGGUGAUGAGGUCAGAUUGCAGGACCCAACUCCAGUACCCGGCCUACAUCGUGUGGAGGGUAAAAGACCAGCUAUAUACUUAAGAUUUCGUGAUAAGGAGAAUGAUCACGGCUUUGUACGAGUCUAUCCGGGUAAGCUGCAGGUGGAGAACGCUUACGUUAUCAUACCGGUGGACAACGAUACCACCGUCAAGGAUCUGAUUUGCGAAUCGCUGAAAAAGUUCGGCCUGCAAAGCCACCAGAUCGAGGACUACCGCUGUUCGGAGAUACUGCUCGAUCGGGGCGUCACCGAGCGCGUCCUGUCGUGGAACGAGCGGCCCUGGGAAAUUAUGAAGCAGCUCGGGAAGGAUUCGAUACGGCAGAUGGAGCUGAUGCGCUUCUACCUGCAGCUGAAGCAGGAUCCGCACGGGCCGAAUCUGGCACUGUUCGUGGGCAACCUGCCGCCAGGGCUGUCGCAGCGCAACUACGAGCACAUACUGACGGAGUUUCUGGGCUUCGAGAACAAGUUCAGUAGCAUCGGACCGAUCUACUACGAGUACGGCUCGCUAGUGAUAACCUACGAAAAUGCAUCAAAGGCUGUCCGUGCAUUCCAAGCACUGCGGGAGUCGAAGUACGAGGAGAAACAUUUGCUCGUGCUGCUGUUGCCCAACAUCGAACCGAGCAUGGUGCCGGCCGGUGUCCAACCAUUGCUAGUGUUUGUCAAUGUCAAGUCCGGUGGAUGCCAGGGUCUAGAGCUUAUUAGUAGUUUUCGUAAAUUAUUAAAUCCAUAUCAAGUGUUUGAUUUGGAUAACGGUGGACCACUGCCUGGGCUGUACGUUUUCCGACACAUUCAGGACUACAAGAUUCUGGUGUGCGGUGGCGAUGGUACGAUCGGUUGGGUGUUGCAGUGCCUGGAUAACGUUGGUCAAGAUUCGGAAUGCUCUAGCCCUCCGUGUGCCAUCGUACCCUUGGGCACUGGUAACGAUCUGGCACGCGUACUGCGCUGGGGCGCCGGUUACACCGGUGGCGAGGAUCCACUAAAUCUGCUGCGUGACGUUAUCGACGCGGAAGAGAUACGGCUCGAUCGCUGGACGGUGGUAUUCCAUCCAGAGGACAAGCCCGAAGAUGCCACCCCGAAGGCGCAACCCAACUCAACCGGUAAGAAGAAGAAAAUCCAACAGCAACAACAGCAACAGCAACAGCAACAACAAUUGCAACAGCAACAACAACAACAACAGCAGAACCAGCAACACCAUCACCCAUCGGUGGCGAUCGUGGCCAACCCGGCGCAAGUUGUUGGAGGCGCACAGAGUGAGGACAACUCGCAAAUAUUCGUGAUGAACAACUACUUUGGUAUCGGCAUCGAUGCCGAUCUGUGCUUGGACUUCCAUAAUGCGCGCGAGGAAAACCCGAACAAGUUCAACUCCCGCCUGCACAACAAGGGCGUGUACGUGAAGAUGGGCCUACGCAAGAUGGUGGGAAGAAAGAUGGUCAAGGAGCUGCACAAGGAACUCCGGCUCGAGGUGGACGGGAAGGUUGUGGAGCUGCCCCCGGUAGAGGGUAUCAUCAUACUGAAUAUCUUAAGCUGGGGAUCCGGAGCAAAUCCAUGGGGUCCGGAAAAGGAGGAUCAAUUCAGCAAGCCCAACCAUUGGGACGGUAUGCUGGAAGUCGUUGGCGUUACAGGUGUAGUGCAUUUAGGGCAAAUUCAGUCCGGGUUGCGGUCGGCCAUGCGAAUAGCACAGGGUGGUCACAUCAAAAUUCAUCUUCAUUCCGACAUACCGGUACAGGUUGAUGGAGAGCCGUGGGUUCAAAGCCCCGGUGACGUUGUCGUUCUAAAAUCGGCAUUAAAGGCAACAAUGUUGAAGAAAAUGAAAGGAAAAAUGAAACGACGCAACACCGAACCCACGAUGCAGGUGAUGGGCCCAUCGGGAAUCCAGAUGACGCUGGCGGCACCCCAGGAGCCCGACGAGGUCGACUCCAAUAAUACAGAUUUUUGAAUAUGGUAUAACGAGCGAUUAAUUUAACGUGCUUCGUCGUUUGCGGGUGUUUACGUGCGGGAAAGGCAAGGAAAGCUACGCAAGGAAAGAGCCGUGGAUAGGGCAGGGAUGGAACAUAUUUCACCUAUGCUACUGCAAAAGCCGCCAAACCACCAACAGGCAGCUACCGUGCCCGAUAUGUCACACAGAUAUCACCACACCUUAUCGCCUUACAGAUAUCGAUCUUCACACACACAAACACACACACACACGCUCCAGAACUGAUAUGUCCUGGCCAUAGUGGCCACAAUGGUGACCGGUGCAAAUGCUUCGUUGUGUACAUGAUGGUCUUUAUUAACUAUGAGAGUUUGUUCUGUUAAUUAAUCUGUUAAUUAAAACAAACUAUUUUUUUUUUUCAAAUGACAGUUAAUUUCGAAGUUGUCGGUUAAUGGCAAUGUUAAAUUUCAUAUCGUUCUGUUUACUGUUGCUACCUUACUAUUUCUAUACCAUACAGUGGGCAGUUAAAACAUUAUCUUUCUCCGUUUUUCGACAAGAUAAUUGUGAUUGUGACGAAGUACUUUAUGAAAAACUUAACUAUUGUAACUGUGAAUGUAUAAGUUGGUCAAAAAGGGCCACCUUUGUAACAAAAUAUAUCCUACUCUGUGCGUGUGUUUGCGUGAGUAUCUGUAGGUGUGUGUGUGUGUGUGUGUGUGUGUAUGUGUGUGUAUGUGUACGUGUUUGUAUGUGUGUGUGUUGUAUAAGGAAUACGACAUUGUGAUGUCUGAACGACGGUAAAAGAGGUGAAACUUAUGCACAGUUCUGUAAUGGAAAAAUAAUAUAGCGGCAAAUAAGAUCAUAGGAAUGAAACACUUUCCCCUACACACACACACACACACACACACACAUCCAACGCAAGUGUCAAGUCAGGCGGACGAUUUGAUAAGUAGGAAAGAAACUCCCGCUCUCCCAUCCAAACCGUAGGUAAGAUAUGAGUAAGAACAAAUAACAACAAUCACCGUCACACCCAACCAAUAGCGCAACCCAUAUAGAAAGCGAAUGAAACUUGCACACACCAGCGAAUAUACAACAAAAACUGUGUACAAUAUCGUAGGAACUGUAGCAGAACCGUAAAGAGAGCAACCACCUCUCCUGCAAGAGCCUUUAGUAGUAGUGUGCUGGAAAAACAAAGCGCAAAAGAGAACAAAAUGGCAAACAUCUGUAAAAAAAACACACACACACACAAACAAACAUGAAUCGCGAUAACUAAACAAACUCUAUGUAUAUGUAUGUGUCUGUGCGUGUACGUGUAGUAGAUAAUUCACGUGAAAUUAGAAAGUGUGUGUGUGUGUGUGUGCGCGCGGGUAAAACGUUAAGUAGAUGGAAGUACACUGCAAGAACCCUACCGAACUAACCCCCUACCAAACAAAGGGCUUCUCUUACGCACUCCAGGGUACAGGAUCAGUGAACCCUUACAGGCGCAAAUAGUAAAAAAACACUGCAAUAUUUACAACUGCAACCUACAUUCGUAUGAGAGAGUGCAAGAGGAAGUAAUUCCAUUCAAAUAAUAACAAAAUAGCAUAAACGUAACAGCAGCAAACGAAAGUAGCAAACAGAACAGAACAGAAGGUAAAAUAAACCACAAAAGCAAACACAAUAGUAGAGCAAUUGCAAGCAACUGCAAUGGAGCAUGUAACGACACUGAAAGUGGGUAAGAUGGAAAGGAAAUAAAAACGUAGUAGAGCAGAAUAGUAGUAGGCUACCAUCGGCAAACGAAGUAGUGAAUUGGAAGUUAGUACAUACAGUGCAAAAGAUAGAUGCAUCACAAUGCAUGCGUGACACAUGGUAACACUCAUCACAUAGACACUAAUCAAACCAAAAUUCCAAAUGAAGAACAAACCGACAAAUACCAUUGCAGUAGGAGCAGCAGCACACAUACACACACACAAACACACAUACACAUAUAUAAGUACACACAAACACACACCAAAGACCAACCAAACAGCACACAACAUACGGUACUGCACGAAGAAACAAAACAAAACAAACAAAGCAAACAGUGCUACAACCAACAAUGGCAUCAUUGGCAAACACAGCACUAACGGAUAGCAGACCACAGGCGCAUGAAACGUUGCAAGAACGUUAAAUUAAUGGCUCUUUAUCGGCUUGACAAGGCAAGCAAGGUGGCAAGCACUGCUACUGGGCCUAGGUGCGGGUGCUAGGCAGUGCAGAUGUUUGCAAGCGGUAAGAUUAGAUUGCAAUAGAAACGAUUGUAUCUGACUGUAGGUUUAGACACGUAUCCCAUAUAAGGCGGUAACCGAUGCAAUCCUUCACAAGUGACGAAUCCUUACCCGCUUUGGUGGAGAUUGGUUUUGUUUUGCAUUUCUUUAUCUGGGUUUUCUUUUUGAGAUUUUGCUCGAAAAAGGGAUAUUUCAUAAACUUUCUAACGCACUUUACAGUCGCUUACCUGAAAACGCGCAUUCUGUUGCGCGCAUUGUUGGAAUGUCAUGAAUGCGACUACAUUUUUAUUACACUGUUCACCCUUCAAUUAUGUGCCACACUGUUCCGGUUAAAUAAUGCGUUUAACUAGUUUAUGUUGGAGCAAUAACACAAAAAACGAAGAACCAUUGCUUACACUACUGUAAUUCCUGUUUUCCGUGUAAAGCAACCUGUCAGCCAGUAUGGCGCGUGGAGCAUAGAAACCAACCUAUAUAGAGCGAAUUAGAAGUCAAGGCUAGUAAAUGGAAGUAACAUUACUCUAAACGUUAAUACGAAUUUAGGUGGCCCAGAUUGGGGGGCCAGAUUGUUGUACGUUUUUUUGUAUUUUAAUUCUGUUCUUUUUUUCUUACGUAAAAACAGCAAUCGUAAGCACAACGCUUGAGCGUUCUAUCAAGCGACUGGAUUUGGUAUUAAACAAAAAACAAACGAGAACAGCAGAGCAUGCUGCACAACAGGGAAAACCGGUAGCAUGGCUGGUAGGCCAGUGCCACUAACUAAAUAGUGCACCAGAGCAUAUAUAGAGUUAAAGGCAUGAGGCAGCUAUACAUUACUAUGUAUACAGGUAGACGGGUAGUAACGAUAGUGGGCGUCGGAGUAUGGUAAAUGCCAGCAAAGGAUGAGUUGUGGUUUCCUGUGGUUCAUAGACACAGUCUAAUCUUUCACAGAAAUUGUGUACAGCCGUUUGAGUUUACAAAUUUAUUCAUGGUGCCAUUAGACGGACCAGUUUGGUUGGCUUCUUUUAACGAUGGCAACGUGCUGGAAAGGAUGCUUCAGAAAAUUCAUUUUAAUUGGAAACCAUAAGGGUCUUUUUGGCUUAAAAAAAAUUCAUUGACCCAUGUAUCUUUACUGAUACUACCGUGUCCAUCGCCAGUUCUUUGCGAUGUUGCGAUGGGCACGGGUUUAAACUGUCUUAGUUCUUUGGUUGUACGCAAACAUAUUUAAUCUCUUAUUGCCAUAUGGCCACAAAACUAAACAGACCGACAGACAGACACACAGAGAAACAGACAGACAGACGAAUAGACAGAUAGACAGUAAACAGCACGCACAAGUAGCGCUAUCAUGGCGUCGUGGAGCUGCUAGCAAGCAACAAUGUCUUUAUAAUUGUAAAAUGUAAUUACAGCAAUUACGUUACGUAUGGUAUUUUACCAGCUUAAAUAGUUAUACAAAAUCUCAUCACACAAAACACGUACAGUGAAACACACAUACAUGUAUUUUUUUCAUCGCACAACACACAUAAACACAUAUAACAAAGAAACACUUUACACGAAUGGCUAUGUAAAAUCCAUUUUCUUAGUUUAAAUCUGAGAAUCUGAGGCAUGCUGUACGCCAGGGUUGUAUUUCGAGGAGUGAAACACAUACUUUCACUAGCACAAAUUUAAAGAACUAACUCGAAACAAUCGCACAGGUCAAAUUCCCACCCAAUUAGAGGAGACUCCAAUCCUUCACAUUUCAUGUAUGGGAAAAGUCUAUCCUCUUGUGGGGGGGGGAGCAUGCUCCAAACGCCUCCGGUUAUAGAUCCUACCAGGGCGAUUUAUUGUUAAAAACGGAAAACUAAAAAUAAUACAACGAGACACGUUGGGUGACACGUUGAGUACUGAAUAGGGUAAACCAUUACUGAUGUUGUGUUGCGAGGAAGGAUUAGCAUUAGCGGGGAACGAAAUGAAGCUGGUACCAGCAGCUCCGCUAUCUAAGCGUUUUCCCAGCUACUCCAGCACACAUCCACCAGAUGGCUCCCUAAAUUGUUUACCGUAAACUGCCACCGACGUGCGUAUGCCAUCUGCAUGAAAUCAUUCAUUACUCGUUGAAUUGGUAAAGCUUAGAAGCUUCCAAACAAACAACAAACAAAAAAAACACCACAAACGCCUAUUUUGGCAGAACAACCCGCUAGUCAGAAAAGGCUGAUCCAGCAGCUAGAAAUUGCGGCCAUUCUACGAGAUCACACUGUUGGUUUGGGCAGUGUGGAAGCACUAGCAGAAGACACCCAAGGUAUCCCUACCAACAGCAGUACAACAGGAGCAAAUGUAUGAGUGUACCAAGAAGAAUAACGCAAAACAGGGCGGCAUUAGCCUCUUGCAAACACGAAAUGAAGACCAAUGUGCUACACGGUAACCAGGGGCACAUUUCCCGCAAUGCCAACCGCGCAGGCAAAUUCGGUUUCGCGAUCCCCGGUGAUUGGAACUCGAUUGGGCUCCGUUUAUGAUCUGGAAUGAGUGUGUGCGAUGCGUGAAUGCUCUUCUACUUCUACCUAUGCAUGUGUUUGGUGUGAGUUACUGUAUGUGUGUGAAUGUGUGCGGGUGUGAUGAUGAUCAUAAACUGUAACUGGACUUUCAACCAUCAGGAUCAUUGCGAAGCUUCAAGCCCUGCGCAAUGGCAAGCGAAAUCUGGAAUUACCGGAGCACAUUCGUCGCUUCGUUUUGGUUCAUCUCCAUCGCCGGGAGGUAAACAGUGCCGCCAGCAAAAACCCUUUCCAUCCAACCAUGUCAGUAUUUGGAAAGGAAAGGAGGACGCGCAAGUUUUGAGUUUCAAAGCGUUAAACGAAAAACAAAGAAAAGAAAUUGCGCGUUUAAUGUUUAGUUCCGUAGUAGACCUUCGGGUUACGGGUUCGAUUUUCUUUUCAAAAGUUAACUCUACGUUUACAUCUGAACAGUAGCUUUAGCUCGCGAACGAAAAGAGAUGAUUCAGGUUGGGUUCGAUGUUCGAGGCAGCGAUGCUUUUCGAACGUUUCCAAUUCUGUCGCGUCUCUGGCGGGUUCACCGGGCUCUUCACGGGCUGAUGUUGGCGUUAUUCCUUGCCGGAAAGGAAUGACUGUUCCGGACAUCAGCUCUCUCUCUCUCUCUGUCCCUCCCUCUCUUGCCUUUAUAUCCCUCUCACCCCAUAUGUCCCAAUCCAAUUUCCCAUCUUUCUCACCAUCGAGAAAAGGGUAGGGGCUCAGUGUUACUAACGCGUAAGCAACAACCAACUUCCGGUCAAACACAGUGCGUUCAUCCGCACGGUGUGAAUUGAAAGCAGGCUUCGUUUCCCGAAACUAUCUUGGUCCUUUUCUGUGAGUUUGUUUUCUUUUUUUCUCUUCGCUGAUCGACUCUGCACGCUGGCAACCACAGUCUCUAUCCAAAACUUAUCCACCAUAAUGAACAAUCUGUUCGAUUGUACCUUCAAUUAACUCUUCACUCGCUAUCAGUUUUGCAUUGCAAUUGUAUCACUCUCUUCUAUUGGUGGUGAACAUACACGCUACACACAUUUCCAACAUUUUAUUCAUAGUCAGAGCGGCGAAUUCAACGUCUGCAUUCUUUGUGAGCAUGUGUUCUGUGGACUUUAGUGUCUGCAAGAGCGCAUCCGCCCAGUGGAUAGUUUCGCCGUAUUUUCAUUUGGUACCGUGCCUGCUUAAUAUUGCCGCCGAAUGAUCGUCACGAAGAGCAAAAGGCAAACAUACUGUCAGCUUCCGUUCGCCUUCCUUUGGUAGGAACGGAAAAGUGCCAAAUGGUAGAUCGUUAACCAGCGGGAUCGUGUUUGAAUUUAGUGGAAGUUGCUGAGAGUUAGUAACACAUACCAAUUUCUCGAUGGUGACAUUAUACCACCCGCAUGAUGGUACCGUGCUCCCCAGACGCACUGGUUACACUCCAUAGGUAGCUUUCGUUCGUUCAUGCCGUUUCGCACACACGGUUGUGGAAACCACACCACGUACGUUACCGUCUUCCGGGAUUCGUUUUUCGGUGUAUAUUAUCGGUAGUUAAGGUAUAUGCUUAGUUCGUUAGAAAAAACGUUCAGUUACAAAGUUGUGCUCAGUUCGUCACUCAUACAUUUCGCUCGCAAUGUCGAUGAUGGUUGUCGUUUCUUCGCCGGACAAUGCAAAGCUAAUUCGGCAAGAGUGCACUAUCAUUGGCAUGUUUGAAGGAAAGGGGAUUAGAAAAAAACGAAGCGUUCAAGUAUUUUCUCUGUUUUUAAUUGUCUUAGUUUUUAUUCGUUCACGUUACCUAAAACCGUGGUGCAUGAGUGUGCAGAGAAGUAAAGUAAACGUAUAAGUAAACAAAAAAAAACAAACACACACAAGGGAACUACAACAUAAUGGUCUAGUUGGUAUGUAAUGAUAAUAGUAAUGCAAACAAUUAUUAUUACUAUAAUUAACAUGUAAUAAGCAAAAAACGGUGAAAAAAUACGAGAAAGAAAAAUAGAAGAAAACAAAACGUGCCUAGAGGCACUUUGGCGGGCAUAAGAAUAAAAGUCAGUCUAGGCAAGAUGAGUGAAAAACAAUGAGGAAAUAAACUGACCAUAAUAUAUUGCAGUAUAUCCUUCUAAUGAAAAAGUUAAAAUAAACCAAAAAAAAUCUCAAGAUAGAGUUGAUGUAGUGUCGAAACGAGUAAGCAGAUAAUCACGAAAAUCUUGAACAAAAAAAAAACAAACAAAAUCAUCAAAAACACAAAAAAUAUAACAUACUAUAACUGAAUAUGGAAAAAAAACAUCAAAGAACAAAAACGGAAAGAAAGAAGCAAAAACAUACACACCCACUCACACAUAAUUCAAAGAACAUGGAAAGAUAAAAGUGUAAAACGGUAGAAACAGAGUAACUCAUUACAAAAAAGAGAGCAUAGAAAAAACACAGACUGCAAGUUAGGGCAAAGUUUUCCAGUCGUACACGUGCCAAGUUCUCAUGUAAAUAUGGCGAAUACGGCAAAUGCUAUGACAUUCACUUCCAUCGGCUGCUAGUACGAAAGACUAGAAUGAAGUAACAAUACCAAACCAAAUGCACAAUGUUUAACAGGCGUGAAGUGAAGCUCGGCAUGUUUUAGUGAGCCUAGAAGGAGCUGCGCUGCUUGGGUCAAACUCGCACAAAUGUGUUUGAAGGACUGUCUGCCAGGGCUUUGUCAGGAUCGUAUCACGAUGACCGUAUCGCGUAUCAUGCAUCACAGUGUGGGUCGACUUUAUGAUCACUUGUUUGACCGCUAUGGCUGAUGCUGAUGCGAUACUAAUGCGCAGUAGAUCAUUGUGAAGCGAUUGUGCACGAAUGAGCACAACAAAUCUCACGCGGAUUAAACAUAAAAUCAAACGAUCAGAGACCGCACAGUACACCACGACAACGGUCUACCAAUUAGCUUGACCCUAACGCACAAACUGACCAAAUGACUACUGAAGAAUGUUUAUAUACUUUGCAAACGAAAUAAAAACCAACGGUCCCUACACCCACCUCUCCGUAAUUGCAUAACGAAUCAUAAUAGAAGCCGUAACCAGGGCAGAAACAAGAAAAAUCAAAAGUGAAUUACACACAUAAAUAAUAAAAACAGCAUCAUUCAAGUACACCGACGCCACUGCUCGCCUGAUAAACCAGUGCGACGCUGGAGAACGAUCAUCUUUUGAGCCUCGGUCAACCGUAGCAACAUAGGGCGUUAACAUGGGUACAGCAGCUAUUGAACAUACUUACAGCACCGAACAUCACUCAUUCAUGCGUACUAUACAAGGGAGUUUAGCAAAGUAAACAGGCAGAAAACAAACACACAACCGUUUGACGCGCAGUGUACAACUCCUCUAGGGAGCGUAGUAAAAGCAAGAGAAGAAAGCACACGGAAGAAAAAACAAACAAACCAACCAACCAUCUAACCAACCAAAUCUUCAAACCGAACAUGCAAUCCCUUGAAAAAGGUACAUAAAACAGUACCGUUGGCGAUGUUUCAACGCCGACAACAGUAACGCCGGUACCAAUGGAAAAAGAGUUCGAGCACAAAUAUGUCAAGAAUUAAAAACUGUUGUCUAAAACAAGUAAACAAGGUUGAAAAGAAAAAGAAACAAACAAACAUACAUAAAUCACGAGAGCAAAAGAAUAGAGCGAUCGAGAAACAAUACCUCCGGUAGCAAAACAGUGAAAAUACAUGCAUAAGGAGUAUAUGAAAACCAAACGAUACAUGGGGCAGAGAAUGGAAAAAAAACAAAGGAAACAAAACAAAACAAACAAACAAAGGAUGAAAAAAAUAACAAAA